CAUGGGUUUAAUGUGGUUUUUAUUUGAUUUAUAUUAUGUUUCACUGUGUUUUCGUAUAUUAUCCCUCUGUCAGUUACAAAGUUUAAAUAUAGGUAUACAAACCAAGAGUUAUUUACAGGUUUAUCACAGCUAGAGGCAGAACAGUAGCUCCCACUGAGGCUAGUGAGUGUUCAACACAGGUGCAGUACAAUAAGUCGAGCCUGAGGGAGGUGUCUGGGCCAAUAAAGAGUAUUAGAUAAGGCCAUCACGGGCACGUGGAUUACUGUAAUCCUAUCCACGGGCGUUGGGCAUCACUCACUCAUUCCAGCACAGUUGAAGAUGAAGAUGGAGGCCACUGUUCGAUGUGCUGCUGUGCUGCUCCUCCUGCUUCUAUCUCAGGCCCUGAUCACUGUCCACUCCCAGGAGGAGGAGGAGGAGGCUGCCCAGGAGGUCGUCCAGGAGGUUGUCCAGGAUGAGGAGCUGCAGGAGGAAGACCAGCAGGUGAUGGAGACGCUGACGCGGAACAUGAAGGCCUGCACCUGUGACUGUGAAUCUGCUGACUCACCCACACGACUCCCCUCCAUCAUCCCGACGAUCCUGUCAACGUCGCUGCCACCUCCGCCACCACCUCAGGCUCACCUGCUGAACUGCAUGCCAGAAUGCCCUUACCACAAAGCCCUGGGCUUUGAAUCUGGAUCUGUGACAUCAGACCAGAUCAGCUGCUCCAAUCAGGAACAGUACGCUGGCUGGUACUCCUCCUGGAUGCCCACCAAGGCUCGCCUUAACAACCAAGGCUUUGGGUGUGCGUGGCUCUCCAAGUUCAACGACCAGUAUCAGUGGAUCCAGAUUGACCUGAAGGAGGUGGGCGUGGUGUCGGGCAUCCUGACCCAGGGUCGGUGUGACGCUGACGAGUGGAUUACCAAAUACAGCGUCCAGUAUCGCACCAUGGAAACCCUCAACUGGAUCUAUUAUAAAGACCAGACAGGAAACAACAGGGUCUUCUACGGAAACUCGGACCGAUCCUCCACCGUACAGAACCUGCUGCGCCCACCCAUCGUGGCUCGCUACAUCCGCCUGCUGCCGCUGGGUUGGCACACCCGCAUCGCCAUGCGGAUGGAGCUGCUGAUGUGCAUGAACAAGUGUACCUGAAGUGCACUUGGCCGACUCUUUGCUCACUUUCCAUCCCUCCCCUGCCAACCUGCCUCUUGCCAGACGGGGGACAUUUGGUCCAACACCGAAAGAUCAAUCAUGUCUGUCUUUUUUUGGCGAUGCUGGAGGCAAACUAAGUUGGGCAGGAGGACAUUUUCGGUGUCCCUUGAUGCACUAUUUAUUGGUCUUAAAGUCUGUAUAAAGUAAUUGUUUUACUGUGUAAGAGCAAAAUUGGACACCUUUCUUGAAGCGAACCGGGGAUUUCCAGUUCAAAAUCCAAUUCUGAGGCAAUGUUACCUUCAAUAAAGUUACAGGCGUAAAGAUAAAGAUGCGAUUGUCUUUGAAUCAAAGAUGAAAGAUGAAAAAAAUAUUCGACAGGUUACGAGUCAAAUCAAAUGAGUUUGUUUUAUUUGAGAUUUACUAUUACAUAUGUAAACAUGAAUAUUCUAAAAUUGUUAAGCAUUCAUUUGUGGGUUUAUGUUCUCAUGUAAAUGCUCUGUUGAAAAAAAAAGCAGAUAAACACCGACUAUGCUACCAAUUUGUGUCUGUAAUAAAAGCAGAAACGUAAUACUUGAUUUAAUUUAAACAGUUGAUAAACAUCCUCUGUUAUAAAUAU